UGAUGGAACAUCCCUUUGAACUUGAACGUUUGAACCCUCAUAACCAGAUUGAUAUCCGCAACUUCAGAAAUGGCUCCCAAGGGUGGAAACGCAAAGAAAGAAAGUGGUCGAGCCAAGAAGGCAGAGAACGAGGCGAAGAAGCAAGAUGCUGCAGCUGCUGACAAGGCAAAAAAGGAGGCUGAAAAGUGGGAUGAUGGUGCCAAGGGAAAUAAAGCCAAGGAGGAAAAGGAAGCCAAGCGUCUAGCCGAGCUCGCCCGCAAAGCCGAGAACGCGCGGCUGCUUGCAGAAGAGGAAGCUGCUCCCACAAAAGCCAAGCCAGCACCCAAGAAGAAGAAGGAUGUCAAACCAGCUGGUCCCGGAGCAAUCGCGGCUGGAAGCAGCUCGAGUACAGAAAUACCAGCAGCAGUGAUAGAUUCCAAAGAUGAACCGUCUGAAGUCGAAAGCUAUGCUGCAACUGGCAUCGAUAAUGCACUGGACCUGCUGGAUGUAGUGACCGCAAAGAUGGACAAGGCCAGUGUAGGACAACAAGCUGCAGGUAUCGAAAGGCACCCAGAGCGACGAUUCAAGGCUGCGUUUGAAGCCUACAAGGAACGUGAGCUGCCAAAUCUGAAAGAAGAGCAUCCCGGGCUGCGCCUGCAGCAAUAUCAGGAUCUGUUGCACAAGCAGUUUCAGAAAUCACCGGAUAACCCUUUUAACCAGGUCACUAUCGCUUACGACGCCACGAAGGACGAGAAACUACAGUCUCUCAAGGAGAAACAAGAUGCUGUGCAGAAACGAUUGCGCACAUAACGAUCGUUAUGAUGUGAUACGACUAAAGUCGUCUUGGAUACGAAUCCUUAAGAGUCUGGACAUCAGAAGUCGGGGUAUAUGAUAAAUAGUAGCGCCUAGUACUAGUAGCGCUGCCAGCUGGUGAAGCUCGAUCUGCUAUCUCCAGAGACUUGAUAACAAACAUCUGGACCUGUCUAUAUGCAUUCUCACAAUUCAUUAACACUGCGUGUAUUGUUCGUGCGAUCGGGCUGUGAAAGCAUUACA